UUAGAACCUCUCAGAUGUUCCUAAGCUGCCAGUUGCCAGAAUUUGACAGUUCCAACGAAGCCGUCCUGCACACACCGUUUGUUUAUUGGUGCAGCCGCUCCAAAUUUCAUAUUACUCUCUUCAGACAACGACAAGACAACCUGUAAGACCACUGUGUUGGCAACUAAUCCGGCUUUUAUAUAUAUAAUCCUAUCCUACGAGAAUCUUUGCCCCAGGCAUAAUGCUCAAGCUUGCAACCAAAGAGAUCACUUGAUCAGAGAUGAAGGCACCACUCAGCUCUUCAUCCACCGUUUCUUCAAUUGCAAAGAAGGCGCGCUCUUCGCCAUUGCUAUUGGCAUUGGCGCUCUGCCUACUUUGCUUCUCCUUCCUCUACGGCGAGGACCUCAAGGAGCUCCUCGCUCGCCAUGGCGAGGAAGCAUCACGCCUCAUCGCCAACACCUACAGCACCAACAUUUUUGAGCACGAGCAAUCGACAGCACCACCACCCUCCGAGGUUGCCGCGACGACGAAGAGGAAGUGGAAGGGGAGGCUUGCGUUCGCGCUGAACGACGAGGACGAGGACGAGGAGUGCGACGUGUUCUCGGGAACCUGGGUGCGUGACGACGCCGAGCACCCGCUGUACCGCGAGGAGGCGUGUCCCUACAUCCAUCCGCAGCUGACCUGCCAGGCGCGGGGGCGGCCGGACACGGCGUACCAGCGGUGGCGGUGGCAGCCGGACGACUGCACGCUGCCGGCGUUCGACGCCGUCCGGAUGCUGGAGGCGCUGCGCGACAAGCGGAUGCUGUACGUGGGCGACUCGCUGGGGCGUGGCCAGUUCGCGUCCAUGGUGUGCCUGCUGCAGUCCGCCAUCCCCGACGCCGGCGCCGGCGCCAGGUCGUCGUUCGAGAUGUCGGCGGACCAGCAGCACACCGUGUUCACCGCCAGGGAGUACAACGCGACGGUGGAGUUCUACUGGGCGCCGUUCCUGCUGGAGUCCAACUCCGACAACGCCGCCGUCCACCGGAUCUCCGAGCGCAUGGUGCGGCGCGGUUCCAUCGGCUACCAUGGCCGCCACUGGGAGGGCGUCCACGUCAUCGUCUUCAACACCUACCUGUGGUGGUGCACCGGCCUGCGCUUCAGGAUAUUGAACGGGCCGUGGGAGGACGCCGGCAAGGAGACGGCGUGGGAGUGGGUGUCGACGGAGGAAGCGUACGGCAUGGCGUUCCGGGACAUGCUGCAGUGGGUCAGGGACAACAUGGACUUCAACAGCACCAGGGUCUUCUUCACCAGCAUGUCACCCACGCACCAGAAGAGUCAGGACUGGGGCGACGCGCCGGGCGGCAACUGCUACAACGAGACGACGAUGAUCGAGGACCGCGGGUACUGGGGCUCGGACGGCCGCCGGAGCGUGAUGCAGGUGAUCCGGGAGAUCCUGGACGGCGACGGCGCCGACGUGCCGCUCACGUUCCUCAACAUCACGCAGAUGUCCAUGUACCGCAAGGACGCGCACACCUCCAUCUACAAGAAGCAGUGGAGCCAACCCACGGCGGCGCAGCUGGCGGACCCCAAGACGUACGCCGACUGCGUCCACUGGUGCCUCCCGGGCCUCCAGGACACGUGGAACGAGCUCCUCUACUCCAAGCUCUUCUACCCUUAGGCGUCGUUCGUACCAUAUUCCCAACCUAGUUAGGCCAGGUAGUGCUAUUCAAAAUACUGAAGAAAUGACGGGACAGGGCAGGAUCGGUGAUAACCGAACGAGGUCUUAGUUUUGUUACAUACAUAGUGCAAAACAAAAGUCCAUGA